AUGGAGGUGAAGACGUCACUUCUGGACAACAUGAUCGGGGUGGGGGACAUGGUUCUCCUGGAGCCCCUGUCAGAAGACUCCUUCAUAGACAACCUGAGGAAACGCUUUGACCACAACGAGAUCUACACUUAUAUCGGCAGUGUGGUGAUCUCCAUAAACCCGUACAGGUCGCUGCCCAUCUUCACACCGGACAAAGUUGAGGAAUACAGGAACCGGAACUUCUACGAGCUCAGUCCACACAUAUAUGCCCUCGCCGAUGAAGCCUACAGUUCGCUACGAGACCAAGACAAGGACCAGUGCAUCCUCAUCACAGGAGAGAGUGGAGCUGGGAAAACAGAGGCCAGUAAGCUGGUGAUGUCAUACGUGGCUGCGGUGUGCGGCAAGGGCCAGGAGGUCAACAAGGUGAAGGAACAGCUGCUCCAGUCCAACCCGGUGCUAGAGGCGUUCGGAAAUGCGAAAACCGUGAGGAACGACAACUCUUCCAGAUUCGGCAAGUACAUGGACAUCGAGUUUGACUUCAAGGGCGAUCCUUUGGGCGGAGUCAUCAGUAACUACUUGCUGGAGAAGUCACGCGUUGUGAAGCAGCCGAGAGGAGAGAGGAACUUCCACAUUUUUUACCAGCUUUUGUCUGGAGCCUCAGACGACACCAUCAAGAAGCUGAAGUUGGAGAGGGACGUCAGUAAAUACAAUUAUCUCAGCCUGGACUCGGCCACGGUCAACGGGCUCGACGACGCAGCCAACUUCAGGACUCUCAGAAAUGCCAUGCAGAUCGUUGGCUUCAUGGAGGAUGAGAUGCAGUCUGUGCUGGAGCUGGUGGCAGCGGUCCUCAAGCUGGGAAACAUAGAGUUCAAACCAGAGUCUCGCUGCAACGGCAUCGACGAGAGCCGCAUCAAAGACAAAAACGAUCUGAAGGAGAUGUGUGAGCUGCUGGGGGUGGAGCAGUCCGUCCUGGAGAGAGCGUUCAGCUUCCGCACCGUGGAGGCCAAGAUGGAGAAAGUGUCCACCACUCUGAAUGUGGCUCAGGCUUACUACGCCCGGGAUGCCCUUGCCAAAAACCUCUACAGUCGCCUCUUUAGCUGGCUGGUCACGAGGAUCAACGAAAGCAUCAAAGCGCAGGCCAAAACCAGGCACAAAGUGAUGGGCGUGCUCGACAUCUAUGGCUUUGAGAUUUUUGAGGACAACAGCUUCGAGCAGUUCAUCAUUAACUACUGCAACGAGAAACUGCAGCAGAUCUUCAUCGAGCUCACGCUGAGGGAGGAGCAGGAGGAGUACGUCCGAGAGGGCAUAGAGUGGACCAACAUCGAAUACUUCAACAACGCAAUUAUCUGCGACCUCAUCGAGAAUAACCAAAACGGGAUCUUGGCGAUGCUGGAUGAGGAGUGUCUCCGUCCCGGGACAGUCACAGACGAGACGUUUUUGGACAAACUGAACACAAUCUGCGCAGAACACCAGCAUUUCGAGAGCCGCCUCAGCAAAAACUCAAAGUUUCUCACAGACCACAGCCUGCCACACAACUGCUUCAGGAUCCAGCACUACGCAGGGAAGGUGCUUUACAGAGUGGAGGGUUUCGUCGACAAGAACAACGACCUCUUGUACCGCGAUCUGUCCCAGGCCAUGUACAAGGCCAACCACAGCCUGAUCAAGCAGCUGUUUCCGGAGGGGAACCCAGCCAAGGUCAACCUUAAGAGGCCCCCCACCGCCGGCUUCCAGUUCAAGCACUCGGUCGGGACCCUCAUGAGGAAUCUGCAGACCAAGAACCCAAACUACAUCAGGUGCAUCAAACCCAACGACAAAAAGGCGUCCCACAUUUUCACCGACUCUCUGGUGGGUCACCAAGUGCGGUACCUGGGUCUGAUGGAGAACGUGAGGGUGCGGAGGGCGGGCUACGCCUUCAGACAGCCGUACGAGCCUUGUCUGGAGCGCUACAAGAUGCUCUGCAAACGCACCUGGCCCCACUGGAGAGGACCGGCCAGGGAAGGUGUGGAGGUGUUGAUGACAGAUCUCCAAGUCAAUCCAGAAGAGUUUUCCUACGGCCGCUCCAAAAUCUUUAUUAGGAACCCCAGAACUCUUUUCUCCCUGGAGGAGCGGAGGAAGCAGUGUCUGGAGGACUUGGCCACGCUCAUUCAGAAGAUCUACAGAGGGUGGAAGUGUCGCACUCGCUUCCUGCUCCUCAAACAGAGCCAGAUCACAGUGGCCGCGUGGUACCGCCGAUACGCCCAACAAAAGAAGUACAAGAGGAUCAAGAGUGCUACCACAGUGGUGCAGUCCUACACCAGAGGAUGGCAGGCGCGCAAACUCCUGAGAGAACUCAAGCAUCAAAAGAGGUGCAAGGAGGCAGCGACGACGAUUGCGGCGUAUUGGCACGGCACACAGGCUCGAAUGGAGUUGAGACGACUUAAGCAGGAAAAGAGGAAUUUACUUGCUGUGACAGUAAUUUGGGCGUACUGGCAGGGAACCAAGGCCCGACGAGAGCUCCGUCAGCUGAAGCAGGAGGCCAGGAAUAAGCAUGCCGUGUCGGUCAUAUGGGCCGGAUGGCAGGGCACCAAGGCACGCAGGGAGCUGAGGCGGCUGAAGGAGGAGGCCCGGCGUAGGCAUGCAGUCGCUGUCAUUUGGGCGUAUUGGCAGGGACUCCAGGUGCGCCGAGAGUACAGGAAGUUCUUCAGGGCAAACGCAGGAAAGAAGAUUUACGACUUUAUCAUCCAGCGAAUUAUUCAGAAGUACCUCCUGGGGCUGCGGAGCUCCACACCCUCCAUGUCUCCCAUUGACGGCAGCUGGCCCAGCAGACCCCACCUGUUCCUGGACCAAACCCACACAGAGCUGCGUCGCAUCUUCCACCUGUGGAGGUGCAAGAAAUACAGGAGCCAGUUCACGGAGGAGAGGCGGGCGGUGUACGAGGAGAAGCUGGAGGCCAGUGAGCUCUUCAAGGAUAAGAAAUCUCUGUAUGCAAGCAGUGUGAGUCAGCCAUUCAAAGGAGACUACCUGGAAAUCACCAAGAACCCCAAGUACCAGAAGCUGAACAACGUCAUGGAGGAGAAAGUGCUUCUGGCUGAUGUGGUCAGCAAGAUUAACCGCGCCAACGGGAAGGGAACAGCGCGGAUCUUCCUGCUGACCAAGAAGAAUGUGGUUUUGGCCGAUCAGAAAACCGGUCAGGUCAAGGCCAGCGUCCCUUUACCCGACGUCUCCAGCGUUUCCGUCAGCACCCAGAGCGACGGAUUCUUUGCUCUGAAACUCAAAGAGGGCACCGCGUCAGCUGUUAAAGGAGACUUCUUACUAAGUAGUGAACAUUUGAUUGAAAUCAUCACAAAGCUUCAUCGCGUCGGGACCACAGCGGCAGAAAUGGAACGACUCAACAUCGAUAUUUCAGACGAGUUCCUGGUGCAGUUCAAACAGGACAAAGUGUGCGUCAAGUUCAUUCAGGGAGCUCCCAAGAACGGCAACAGCGUGUCGUGCAAACGCAAAAACAACCGUCUCCUGGAGGUGUCUGUCCCGACUACAGCUGCUUAA